AGACACGGCCGCACCGCACCUGUAAGUGGGAGCAAGAAAGGAGUCUUUCUCGCUCCCACUUACAGGAUUGAAAUUGAUGACCUUGGUGCGGUGCGAUGCUUGUACAGUCGUGUGUUAGGACAGUUAUAGUGCAUGACCGUACGAGGACCGUACCGCACCAAGCUCAUUCCUAUACUAAAGUCAACCCAAGGACUUACUCAGGGAAUACAAUUUGAUAGAAGAAAAGAAACAUAUUAUCACUAGGGAAGAAGUCGCUAUGUGAUCAACAAGUCAAAGUUGCUAGGAAAAGAAAAGUAAACAUUGAGAAUGGGAGACUCCGACAUUGUUUACGGGUCGACUAUGUCGGCAGAGUCUAUGAAGGUGAUUGCUGAAAGUGUAGGCAUAGCGACCCUCAGUGACGAUGCUGCUAAAGAUCUCAGUGAUGAUGUAUCAUAUCGUCUCAAAGUUAUCGUACAGGACGCUAUGAAGUUUAUGCAUCACUCCAAACGACAAAAGCUAUCAAUCACGGAUAUUGAUCAUGCACUCAAGGCAAAAAAUUUCGAGCCCCAAUAUGGAUUUGUUCAGCCUGAUUCAUUACCCUUCAGAUUUGCAUCUGGUGGUGGAAGGGAAUUGCAUUUCAUAGAAGAGAAAGAAAUUGAUCUAAAUGAAAUUUUGUCAGCACCUCCACCAAAGAUUCCGUUAGAUGUAUCUCUGCGAGCUCACUGGCUGAGUGUGGAUGGGGUGCAGCCAACUGUACCUGAGAAUCCGCCUCCACUCUCCAAAGAAUCCCAGAAACUGGAGUCAGUUGACCCCAUCAGCAAGCUUAGCAAGCCUGCCAACAAGGAUGCAGCAGGUAAACCAAUCUGCGGGAAGGCGGCGCGGCUGAAGGCGUCGGAGUCGGUGCACGUGAAGCAGCUGGCCACGCACGAGCUGAGCGUGGAGCAGCAGCUGUACUACAAGGAGAUCACCGAGGCCUGCGUCGGCAGCGACGAGGGCCGGCGCGCCGAAGCCUUGCAGUCUCUGGCGUGCGACCCGGGGCUGCAUGAAAUGUUGCCGCGGAUGUGCACUUUCAUUUCUGAAGGUGUCAAAGUCAAUGUUGUACAAAACAACUUGGCAUUGCUGAUCUACUUGAUGCGAAUGGUCAAAGCAUUGCUGGAUAAUCAGUCGCUUUAUCUGGAGAAAUAUUUGCAUGAACUGAUUCCGUCGGUGUCAACCUGCAUAGUUUCUCGGCAACUAUGCCUGAGGCCUGAAAUGGAUAACCAUUGGGCAUUGAGGGAUUUUGCUGCACGCCUUAUGUCUCAAAUAUGCAAGACUUUCAACACCUCUACGAAUAAUUUACAGACAAGAGUAACGCGGUUAUUCGCAAAAGCUCUACAAUGUCCCUCUCAAACAGACAACGAACCUGGUGCUGGACCAUCAAUGGCUAAUAUGAAGGAAUCUGAGAAGACUCCGCUCGCUUCUCUCUAUGGAGCUAUACAAGGGUUGGCAGAACUUGGCCCAGAAGUUGUGAAGGUGUUGAUCCUGCCGCGCGUGCGGUGGCUGGGCGAGCGCGUGGAGGGCGCGCUGACGGGCACGGGCGGCGCCGACCGGCUGGCGGCCGGCAACCUCAAGCACCAGCUGCUCAAGGUGCUCGCGCCCGUGCUGCGCCAGCUGCGCCAGGCGCCCGACCAGCCCGACGACUACAAGCGUGAGUACGGGUACCUGGGCCCGAGCCUGCAGCAGAUGGUGAGCAAGCUGCGCGCGUCGCCGGCGGGCAGCGCGGCGGGCGGCGCCGUGGCCGUGGUCACGUGCACGCCGCCGCUGCUGCCGCCCGCGCCGCCCGCGCCGCACGCGCCGCACGCCUCCCUCGCCUCCAAGACAGUUGACACCUUGGGGCCCCGAAACGUGAUGAUGAGCGCCGGAGCCGGGCCGCAGUCGCCGUCGCCGGCCACGCCGCCUCCGCAGAAGUUCGUCAUCGUGUCGCAGCCGAAGCCGCCACAGAGUCAGCCGGCGAGUAGCGCAGGGCUCGUGGCGGUGCACAGCUCGCAGCCCGCGCGGACCCCCCACGUGCAGUCGGUGGUGGUGACGAGCGGGCCGGCGGGCGCCGCGCCGCCGCCGCAGAAGCUGCUGGUGGUGGGGCUGCCGCCCGCGCCCGCCUCCGCGCCUGCCGCCGCCGCCGCCGCGCCGCCGCCCGCACACUCGCCCGCUGUUGCUUCCUCUAGCCAGGCGCCGGUGUCGGUGGUGGCAAAGCCUGUGUUCGCGCGCGGCGGCAGCGCGCCGCAGCCGCCGCCCGAGCUAGACGACCUGUCGCACCUCGCCUGACGGCCCUCCCGUGCCACCACGCAACCCAAGAAGAAAUCCUCCUGACACGCCGCAUCCAAAUCCAAAUCUUCCUCUACAGAGAGAAGAAAAAGGACAAGUAGAAUCUAAUAUUAUAAUAUCGUCUAUGAUUAUAGUUUGUAAUAUUUGACAGGAGGUCAUUAGAUCUUCAUUUACUAUAUUAAUUGAAUCAAAGUCCGUUUAAGAUUCUUAUGAAUGUUAUUAGCUAACGAUUCCAUAUAAAAUGCGAUAAUCUUCUUAUGUCUUCACGUCUUAACGAUAUUUCACUAUAUCGUAAUAAUGUCGAUUGACAGCCAUGCGAACUUGAUACAAACUGUAACACAUCCAACUAGAUGACUUACUUAUUUAAAUAGGGUUAGUCCGGGGUGGUUAGCCAUAGUUUCUUUGAAAUGCGAAAAAAAGGUUAAGUAUUAUUUUUUGUUAACUUUAGAGAAUCGACAAAAUAUUUGGAUAAAUCAUCAGCAUCACGCCCUUGGAUGGCUCUAAGUAGGUUGUUGCGCAUAUUCAAUUAAGUAUGUUACACAGCACAUCCGUAAUACACAGUUAUUUGUAUAGAUUUGUCUGUUUUAUAAUUAUAACAGAGUACUACAGAGAGAUGUAUCUAUUUUUUCACCUUAUUACAAUGCAAUAAGGUGAAAAAGUGUAUACAUCUCUUUGUAGUCGACCGUACAUACCUAAUGUUGGUAACAAAAAUAUCGGAUUUUUAUAAAUCACUGAUGUAUUAAAUGGUUGUCAAAGCGGACCCCGGGCUCCGUAAUAUCCGUAUGUUCGUACAAGAGCCAGUCUUCGGACUACCUUAGACAUGUCUACACCUAGGUAUCUAUUUUCGGUGAACAAAUGUGAAAGUGAAUAAUCCUAGGCAUAAUAAUAUAUGUACAGUCAAGUGUAAAAAUAUGGGUGUACACAUCUUACUCCAAAAUAUGUCCCAUAGUCCUGUGUAAUAAGAGCGUAGUACCUUAUUCAUGAGACGAUUUUCUCGAUACAUAUUUUUGCACUUGACUGUAGGUACCAGGUUUGUUACUAAGUUUUGUUACCAGAGUUUUUACUCAAACUUUGCUGAAAAGUUUAAAUUUAAAAGACGUAUGCAUGAUAUGAAAGCUUACUUUAAACCGGUCUAAGCAUAAAAUAACUGAUCUGAAAUUUAAUCACGUGCAUAAUAAUUAUUUGUAAAAUGCUCAUAAUCAGUCGCUUACGAACACAAGAUCAAAUUAUGAAAAAAAAUAGGGAAUAUGCAUGUUACUGCUAAUUAUUAUUACAUUACUAAAAAUAAAAAAAACAUCCAAAAUAUAAACUAAGAAACUAGAAAAUAAAUAGUUAUUUGUUUUACAAGGGGCCAAAGUUCGCACGUGCCAAUAUUGAUACCCGAGC